UUGCCGCUCGUGGGUCUGCGCAUGUGGAACGCUCUGCUCGUUUUGCUGAAAGUUUGGCGAAUUUUUUCGGUUGAUUUUAUUUGUUUUUUUUUCUAUUGUAUUAAGCAAAAGAAAACAAGCAAACAAAAAGAAAGUGUUUUUAUAAGAAAUAUAUGUAUAUAUAAACAAAUAUAUAUUAAUUUUUUUUUAACAAUAGAUAACUAUGUUGUUGUUUAACUGUUAGGAGAAUUACUUUUAGUGCUAGUGUACUUUAUGCUUUUACGUGUGUGAGUGUGCUUUGAAGCAAAUUUCGUGUUGAAAAUGAUUUACGAAAGUUCAUAUGACAGCGGCCGCUUGCCGUUUAAGCCCGACUUAACACGCGGUUACUGGGCCAAAUCGAGUGACUUCGUGUUUACCGGUAUCAGUUUGGCCUUCCGUUUGGAUAUCUUCUCCGUAGUAUGGAUGGCAUUCACAUACGCUGGCUGUGCUGGCGUCUUGCCAUACAUAAUUUGUUUGUUCCUAUUUGUUGUUCCACUUUUCGUUAUGCAAUCGUUUAUGGGACAAUUCUCGAGUAGUGGUUUCAUAUCGUCAUUUCGUAUAGCACCGUUAUUUAAAGGAAUUGGCUACAUAAGUUUGGCUGUGAAUUUGGGUGUACUUACCUAUUAUAGCGUUCUAGCUGCCGUACCGUUACUCUACCUCUUUCAUUCAUUAAGACCUACACUGCCGUGGAGUUGUGAAGGUUUAAAAGACUGGUCAGCUAAUGUAACAGAAAAUCCUGUAAAACAUCUUUGCCAUAUGUUGACGAAUGACACAACGCCGAAUGCCAACUUUUCCUGGUUUGUAAUGCACGAAAUACCAUCGAACUUAUUUUUAAAAACACGCUUUAACAAUUUAGAAUUAUUUGAGCCCAACGAUGAAGGAUUUUAUAUAUCAUGGGAGAUUUUACUUUGCACAUUUCUAACAUGGACAAUAAUUUCGUCUAUAUUCUAUAAGUGCAGAAGCAUUGAGAAGCUUGGCACAGUACUACGUUAUUUAAUAUUCAUCACCUUGGCUUUGCUCCUGAUCACUGUGAUACGGUUUUCUUUGGUGCCCAGCAAUCUCACACAAGCAAUAUAUGAUUUCUUCAUACCAAAUCGGUUUACCCUGAUUCAAAGUUUUUCUUGCGUAAGCAUAUUUGUGAUUUCGGUUUUUGGCGCUGGCUGGGGUACUGUUAUAUCUUUGGCCAGUUUCAAUAAAUUCAAAUCGCCCAUCACCCAAAAUAGCUGGACUAUUUGCUUGGGACAAAUGUUCGUAUUUCUCUCCUUCGCGUUUAUCGUCUUUGUCACAGAUAAUUAUUUUGAUGAAAUAAAGGAAGCGUAUGAUGAACAGAAUCCGAAUUCAUAUGCAUUUAUAAAUAAAUUAUGGGUAUUGUACCUCUCCACUGGCAGCGUGUUGGCGGAAAUGUCCUGGCCAAAUCUGUGGUGUAUUAUUUUCUAUCUUAUGUUGAUAUUGACAGCGCUGAUCACAAUGUCCAUUUGUCUACUAUCAACACUGCAGAGUAUCUUUGAUGAUUUCGAAAAUUAUCGUACGCGCAAAACUGAAAUCACUUUUAUUGUGAUUGGCCUUUUAGCCAUAUGCUCACUGUAUACCUGCUCCAAUCAAGGCGUCUUUCUACACGUUAUAUUCGCCAACGACACGGUUGUCACACAAACGGCACUGAACCUUCUGCUCUUCCUCGUGGUUUUGUGGGUUUAUGGUCGCGUGCGUUUCCAGCGUGACCUGGAAUUUAUGUUGAGUGAACGUUUCAGCAACUGCAAAAUUUAUAUGUUACGUUUUGUGUCGCCACUGUGCCUAAUAGUCAUGUUGCUCGCUACAUUUUUCGUUGCCUUCAUGUACCAUAAUGUUGGCUCUUGGAUAGUGCAAAUAGCUGCUUUGCUUUUUAUCGUUUUACCCUGGCUUUAUGUGCCGGGUUAUAUGAUUUAUAUAAUGCUACAGACCACUGGCACAUACAAGACACGAUUCAAGCGUUGCUGCCGCCCAAUGGAUUGGUAUCCAGUGGAAUUGGAGGAUCGACAACGUUAUGAGCAGGCAAUGCGCAAUACGGAUAUGACGCAUCAAUUGAAUUCGCUGGACGAGGAGACGGCGACGUAAAUAUUAAGUGAUGAUAAAGAUGAUGUGAUGAUGUGAUCUGAUAAUGAUUUAGCCUCAAAAUGUGAUUUGUAUUUAAAGCAAAUAAUAGUUUAAAUAAAUUAAAGUAUUUAAAUGGCA